AACCUAACUUAUCUUGGAGUUAGUGUAUUCAGUAUCACUGGUAAUCAAACCGAUAAACACUUUGACAAUGGCGUCAAAAAGUCCAGGCAAGAUACAACCAGAAGAUCUCAUAGUGAAUUUAUACAGAUCAUAUCUACAGAGUGAGGAGUUAUUAGAGAUAUUGGUCAAGAGGAUGGACUUUUUUGAUAAAUUGAUAGACAAGAAGAAACUAUCAGACGAUUUUGUAUCCUUGCUUGUCCAUAUUAUUGCAAGGGCUUCUACUUGUGAGAAUCCGAAUAAAAAACAGGAAGUCUUUCAGUUAUUGAUUAUGUUGUCUGAUUCAACCAUAAUAAAGCACCGGAGCAUUCCAUUACUUGUAGGAGUGACAUGCAAUAACACACGUGAUCAUGACUUUCAUUGUCUACUUAACGAUUAUUUAACAAUCCUUCAAGAACUAUUCCAAUGCAUGCCUCAUUUGUGUACAACUCCACACGUUAUUGGACUAGUAGAUUUUUUGAAUGAACAAGUGAGCGAAUUUGAUGAAUACAAAGAUAAAGAGAAGAUGCUUAGCGUUGUUUCUGAAUUGAAAAAGGAUAUACUAAAGGUUUGUGAAGAACGACCAAAGCCAAAACAUUUGACAAAACAAGACGCUGAAGACAAAUGUGUUCCUCCAGAGGAUUUCCGAACUAUGUCAGUUAUUCCUGGCCAUAAUGACGUAUUAAAUGCAGCAAAUUUCUUAAGACGAAACAAAGUUAAUGGGAAAUAUUUGUAUUUAGACCAUUAUUUAGAUGUACAGUUUAGGUUGUAUAGGGAAGACUGUGUGUCACCUCUCCGAGAUGCUCUUACGGAGUUCAAACAAAAAGAUAAAGAAAGUAGGAGUGGAAUUUUUAGAUUAGAAACUGGUCUCGUAUAUAGGGACGUGCUGGUAACGAAACAAAGCACUUCAAUAGAAUCUGGCGAAGUGUUUGAAAUAAAACUAGACCCAGACCAUCGUAAACGCAUCAACUGGAUGAAAUCAAAGAGACUUAUUUAUGGUACAUUAUUGCUUGUUUCGUUUGAUCGGUUCAAUACAAUUUUCUUCGUUGUAGUAGCUGAAAGUGAACGAGAAGCUUUAAAAGACACAGGAUGCUUUGCUGUACAAGUUUUUAAUGUUGGAACCAACAUAAAGCUGCCACGAAAUACAUAUGGUAUGAUGAUAGAACCUACGUCAGCAUAUUUUGAAGCGUACAAGCAUGUACUCAAAGCAUUGCAAUGCAUAGAUGAAGACACUUUCCCCUUCCAACGAUAUCUUGUUGAUUGUGAAAAAGAAGUAAAUAUACCAUCAUACAUAUCACAAGAUUGUGAGUAUGAUCUUAGACCUAUUAUUCGAAGUUGCCACAUUGACAUAGAAAACACACAUGGGUUAAAUCGUAGAAACACUAUUGCUAAACAGACACCAAAAAUUAAUGUAAAGAUGUUUCAGGAAGACUGGCCUUCGACAAGCAUAUUGCAAAUGGACGAAUCUCAGAGAAAAGCAUUUAUUUCUGCACUUACAAAAGAGUUUGUGCUUAUCCAAGGUCCACCCGGGACUGGUAAGACUCACCUUGGAUUGCAAAUUGCUAAAGCAUUACUGCAUAAUAGUAACAGAUGGUUACAAGAGGAUUCUGAUAUUCAGGAGGAUGGCGAUUUACAGGAAAAAUAUCAAGGUCCUUCAUCAUUACCGAAGCCAUAUAUGUUAGUUGUUUGUUACACUAACCAUGCAUUAGAUCAAUUUGUUGAAGGGAUUGUUGAUUUUUUGCCAGAAAAUUUAUUUGAUGGUCGUUUCCCCAGAGUAGUUAGAUUUGGACGCCAAUGUAAAAAUCCUAAGCUUGAACAGCUUUCGAUACAAAACAUACGAAGAAAAGUUCGAUGGGACUUUGAUGAUCAUCGAGUUGGUGUACUUGAUAAAGCAGGUGCAGUUAAAAGAAAAAUAAAGAAGAUUAAAGACACAAUCGACGUCUUAAAAAGCAAAAAUAUUGUUCUGUGGUUUAAUGUUGUGGAAUGUGUCCUUUCAGAACAUCAUGCAAAUCAGUUUGGAGAUGACACAAGUUCUGCAUGGUUGCAGUGGCUACAUGUGUCAACGGAUUCCUGGUUUAAAGAAGUGGAUAAAUACUAUCAAAACCAAAAAACUGACAAAGAAAUCCACGAUCAGCUCAAUAUUCUGGCGCUUGAACCUAACGAAGAAAAGUUUACUAAAGUGAUUUCUGAUGCAGAAUAUACUUACAACGAGCGGUACAUUGAUGUUGAUGAUGUUGGCUUAAUGUGUAAACCAGACUCAAUAGGCCUCGAUCUGGACAAACAAUACAAAAGUUCAUUUCAGUUUAAAAAGAAAAAAAAGCUUGAAAACAAAUUUAAACUUAUUUUUCGUCUGGAAAAAGAGAAAGCAACAAAAGAAUUGCAUUAUGGGGAAAACUUGUCAGAAUUUCAAGUAAAGGAAAUCCAAAAUAUCUGGACACUGUCCAUGAAGGAGCGUUGGCAACUGUAUAGGUAUUGGUUAAGGCAAUACAUUGUUAUACUACAUGAACAACUGAAGGACAGUGUUAAGGAAUUUAAUGAGGUAUUUGACAACUACAAACGUAAUAGUAUGGAAGUAGACGAAUAUAUCAUGCAACAGGCUUCGGUUAUUGCUAUGACUACAACCAAUGCAGCACGAUACAGUGAAUCCUUAAACAAAGUUGGACCUCUAAUCACAAUUAUAGAAGAAGCGGCAGAAGUACCGGAGGCUCACAUUGUGACUGCCAUCAGUCCAAGAUGUAAACAUUUAAUUUUGAUUGGUGACCAUAAGCAAUUGGAACCAAAACCAGCAGUGCAUGAGCUUGCCAUAAAAUUCAAUUUAUCUGUGUCUUUGUUUGAAAGAAUGGUGAAGAACGACCUAAGUUACCAUUGUCUACAGCAACAGCAUCGAAUGAGACCGGAAAUUUCUGAAUUGGUACGCCAUAUAUAUGAUGUUCUUAUAGACAACGAAAAUGUAUACGAAUAUCCACCGAUUAAAGGGAUUCGUAAGAGCUUAUUCUUCAUCACACAUAACAAACAAGAAGCUUUCAAAGAUGAAGGCAGAAGUUAUUCAAAUGAACACGAAGCUGAAUACCUCAAGGAACUUUGUCUUUAUUUGCUAAAGCAGGGAUAUAAACCAUCUGAUAUAACAAUAAUUGCGGCAUACACUGGUCAGAUGUUUUGCUUAAAAGAAAAAAUGCCAAGAUCAAAAUUCGAGGGAGUAAAUAUAUGUGUGCUUGACAACUAUCAAGGCGAAGAAAAUGAAAUCAUACUUUUGUCAUUAGUGCGUAGCAAUGCGAGAGGCGAUAUCGGAUUCUUAAAUCGGGAAAACAGAAUUUGCGUGGCUUUGUCUAGAGCAAAACAAGGACUUUUUAUAAUAGGGAACAGCUCUACGUUGACAACAAGGUCUAAACACUGGCAGACUAUAAUUAGAAAACUACAAAUUGAAGAAGACGUCAAUAAUGAAAACGACGCUUUCCAUAAAUACACAUCCUUUGGAAAAGCACUACCACUGUACUGUCAAAAUCAUCCAGCAAACGAAGGAAUUUUCGCAGAGUUACCUAGCGACUUCAAGAAAGUAAAAAAUGGGGGUUGUGAUCUUCCAUGUGAAUUUCGAUUACAAUGUGGACAUGCAUGCCGAUACGAUUGUCAUCCAUUUGACAAGGAACAUACAACAUAUGAAUGCUUAAAACAAUGCUCGGAGACAUGCAUAGAAGGGCAUAGGUGUUCAAAGGGAUGUCAUUUUGAUUCUGACUGUAUAUGCUGUGCAAUAACGACACGAGAGCUUAAAUGUCAUCACACGAUCAAUCUCGAGUGCCAUUUGGAUUAUUCUGAAUAUCCAUGCCCAACUAAAGUAACCCGAACAUUAUUAUGUGAGCAUCCUGCUUUAAUGGAAUGCUGCGUCGAUCCAAGUACUGUUCUCUGUAAAUCCAUUGUUGACAAAGAACUACAGUGUGGGCAUACAGCACACAUAAAAUGUCAUGUUGAUCCAAAACGCCACAAAUGUGACACAGUCUUAAUUGAAACACGAUCAAAUUGUGGUCAUGAGUUUAAACGCCAAUGUUAUGAUACAGGUUUUGAAAAGCUGAAUCCUUGUAGAGUUCAGAUAAUCGAAAAACGAUCAUCCUGUGACCACGUGAUUGAACGGCAAUGUUAUAAUACAUCCUUUGAAAUUCGCGUUAUUUGCAGAGUUAUUGUAACAAUGAAAAGAACAUCAUGUGGGCACGAAUAUCAAAAGCAGUGCCAUGACCAAUUGUAUGAGAUGGUUCAUAGAUGCAAUGAUAUUGUAACUGAACAAUGGUUAUCGUGUGAUCAUAGCUACAGAAGACAUUGUUACGAUUCCAACUACGUCCAUAAUAACACAUGUCAGGUAGUUAUUCCAGACAAAAGAGUCAAAUGCGGUCAUGAAUAUGAAAGGAAAUGUUCUGAUACGAAUUAUCACAAUGAACACAAAUGCAGUGCGAAAGUUGAAAAAGAAUUCCCAUUCUGUGGCCAUAAAAUAAAACUCCUGUGCCAUCAGGAUGUUGAAUCGGUUAAAUGCAGAGAAAAUGUUACAACUGUCUUUGAAUGCAAACAUUCCAAGACACACGAAUGUUACAAAAGAAGUUCAAUUAAAUGUACUGACGCAUGCAACAAAACUUGCAAAAAUGACCACCAAUGCAAGAAAUCAUGUCAUUUCCCAAUUUCCUGUGAUUGCGAACAGCUUAUUAAAAUUGUUUUAGAACGUUGCAAACACCAACAAAGUAUCCCAUGUUCAGCUGACCCUAAGGUAUAUCUGUGUACAUCAAUGGUGAAGAAAAUUCUAAGUUCAUGUGGCCAUACUCAGAAAAUGAAAUGCCAUAUUAACCCCGAAACUGUACCUUGUAAAUUUGCAGUCUUAAAGUAUUUGCCUGAGUGUCAGCAUAGAAAAAUAGUUUUAUGUUCAGUAAAUGUUUCCGACGUAAAAUGUACCACAGAAGUUGAGAUAAAAUUGGAAAAAUGUGGGCAUUCGGCUAAAGUUAAAUGCUGGCAGGAAAGAAGUAUGAUUCUACCAAAUAAUAAAUGUUUAGAGGAUGUUACACACACGCGUGACGACUGUGGACAUACUGUAUCUGUACCAUGUUGGAAAAUAGAAAGUACAAAAUUAUCUCCAUGCAAGGUUGUCAUAGACAAGACUCUUUCCUGCAACCAUGUUAUAAAAGUAGCAUGCAGUAAUACAAAAAAAGAAAUUUGUGAUCAAAAGUGUGCAAAAACUAUGUUAUGUGGACAUGUUUGUUCGGGGCCGUGUCAUGCAAGCAGAAUGAAUGAUCAUAGUGAAUGUACAAGCCAAUGCAGAAAAAAAAUGUCGUGUGGCCAUACCUGUCAAAGUAAAACGUGCAUGAAGUGCAGUCCGUGCCAAAAGUCUUGCUUAUUUGUAUGUGCCCAUUCGAAAUGUCGUUCUAAAUGCAUUGAUCCAUGCAAGCCAUGUGAAGAAAAAUGUCCAUGGGCAUGUAAACAUUAUAGUUGUACCAAACUAUGCUUUGAAGAGUGCAAUCACCAAAGCUGCAAUAAGGUUUGUGAUAAGACUUUGUCUUGCGGCCAUCAAUGUCCUGGUUACUGUGGCGAACCAUGUCCACUGAAGUGUGUUGAUUGUAAACCGGAAAUGUUUGUUUGUAAAGAUGUUACUAAAGACAGUAAAAUUGUUACUUUGACACAAUGUCGUCACUCUUUUGAAAGCAGUUUUCUCGAUGAUUGUAUGGAUAAAAUGAAGAAUGACUUAUUGUCCGAAUGUCCAUGCUGUGAUGCAACUAUCUAUUAUCAUCCCAGAUAUGAACGGAUUUUGAAAAGACAGAAAAUGGUACUAGAAGAUGCCAAAAAAGUGGUUCGUAACGUACGAAUCAAUUUCAAAACGUUGUAUCCUGCAUGUGAUGCUGGAAUGCUCCCAUUAUUCGAAGAGUAUACAACAAGCAUUGCAACAUAUCUUCAUGUCGUUCAGCACACACGGCGAACAUAUUGGUUUGAUAAAGAAUUUCAAGAUGCAGAGGAAUUGACCGAAUGCAUUCAUAACGAUAUUGAAACUGCACAAUCAUUUAAAGAUUACUUGCAAUUGUCUGAGAAUAUAUUCAGUUUGCAUAUCCAAUGGCUAUUGUGCCUUUUCACGACAAACCCAAAAUUAUUAAGUAAAUUCUAUAAUGCUGAUUGGUUUCCGGAAUUCAUAGGGGAGCCUGUGAGACAAAAAUCAGAAGAUUUCCCACCAGAACUGGUGGAGUCGAUUGAAACUUUUUUUGAAGAAAAUGAUGGCAUAUUUACCGACAUUAAUGGUCAUUUAUCAAUAACAGGCCAUGAUAUAGUUGUAGUUGUACUCUUGAUGAAGAAAUAUCUAAAAAGGGAGCAGCUAAAUAAAAUAUUAAGACCGUUUAUUGCUGACAUGGAGGGAGAUGGAUACUUGACAAAUACCAGAAGAUAUCCGCAAUUACAGAAUGUGUUUGGCAUACAUAAGAGCGAAUGGACAAUAUGUCAAAAUGGGCAUGCUGUAUCAACGAUCAUGUACAGUUCGUGUGUGAUUUGUAAGGGAAAUGUUAAUCAACAAACACAGUUCCAGUAUGAUGAUGGACCACGUUUCGUCACACACGGACUUCCAACGGCAAAAACCAAUAAAAAGACCAAGGUGACAACUGUUAGAGGUAAAAGAAGUACUUUUUGUAAAGACAAACAAGCUGAUUUCAGUGAAGACGUUGGAGAUAUGAAUUCGUUUAAGAAGUUAAAGAAUCCUGCGAGAAACAAAAGUAAUAGUGAAAACUUCCGCGGUUUCCAAGGACAAUCUCGUAGAGGUCGUUACAAGGGUAUGGAAAAAGCGAUGCAAGUGGAGACGACAAAUGAGAAAACAAGAAACCCUAAUAAGAAUGACAAACAACAUAUACCGUCAUCGGCCAAAUUCCAUGCAGAAAAAAGUCCGAAGAGAUACCAAAAUAAACAUCAGGCAGAGGAAGGUUUUCAAAGCAAGUCCCCGGCUAGGGGAAGAGGAAAUAAAUGGGAUGGUAGUAAUAAUAAUAAUGGUUCGGCUGGACGUGUCGAUGGCCAGGAAGAUUACAAAUAUUAUAAUGGAAGAUCUGAAGGGAGAAAUGGAGAAUUUAAUGCAGACGGGUAUGGAGACGACUACCAUGACAGAGGAAAUCAAGGAUAUCGUGGUCGUGGACGAGGUCGUGGUGGAAGCAGGGGUCGUGGUAGAGGUCGAGGUGGUCGCCGAUAAGAACAAUCGAAUAAAGUAUUUUUAAAUUUCAUAACUAGUGUAAAUAAUCCAAAUUAUUUGAUUGCAUGUAAAUAUUAGUUAAAUUUGUAAUUUUCUUGAUACAAAGAUUCAAUAUUUCAAUGCAUGGAACUUAUUCCUCUGGAUUCGUUAGAUACUAAUGUCGAAUAUUUUUAAAUCAACAAAAUCAAGUUUCGACAAAAAAAAUGUUUCCUUAGUCUACAAAAAGCAACGAAUAACGAACCGGCUGCUUACUUCACAUACAUCAAGAAAGCAGCGAUAUUUUUUGGUUUUAAAUCAAACUUUUCUGAUUGUUUCAAACGAAAAAUGUUAUCAAUAAAUUAUGCUGCUUUGUAUUACAAGCAAGAUCAAGUUUGUAAGCAAACAUACAAGUAAGAUAACUAUUUAUUGUUUAUAUUUUCGAAGCAUUGACAGUAAAUAAUCAAAGUACUAAAAUACUGAACAUCGAAUGACCGCAAGUUUUUGUGGAUGGUCACAAACACUUGUCUUAAAAAAAUCAUAUCUUUAUAAUUGCAAGUGAGGUUAAUGUACAGAUGUAUUUCUUUUCUUUUUCUGAGACAAGUUCUUGUGUUGAAGAUAAAUAAAUAAAAUGUAUAUCAUACUAUUAUAUUAGUUAUAAAUAGUGCAUUUGAAUGUGCAUGGUAGACACUCUUCUAUAAUGAUUCGAUUUUUCUUAUAGAUUGGAUUUGAGUAGGCAUUCAUAUUUUCCCGCAAACCAGAAAGAGCAAGGACCAAUAACUCUGCAUGUAUCUGUAUAUAAUUUUCACCUCCUUUAUACAAAUGUAGGAGAUAGCAAUCGUUCUUGUGAUAUUCUUCCGCAUGCGCCAACACAAUUUUCUGUACGUUUGCAUAUUGAUAUUUUUUACUUACAUACAUGUAAAAUAAUAAUAUAUUAUUCAAUUAUAUUAUAAAAAAAGAUAUUUGAUGGGUAUUCAUUGAAUAAAUAAAUUUAUAGCAAGCGAUAAGGAAUGUUAAUUUGCACUCGAUUAUGUCGGCGUAUUUAUCAUGUGUAUAUAGAUGGGUUAAAACCCCAAAACUAAUGUACAUGUAUAAUGGAAAUUUAGGAGAUAGUAAUACACCGGAAUGCGCUAAACGGUCAUCCGCUGUAAAAACAGUAUUUUUUUUUAAUAUUAUAAUUCAAAAACUAUAACAGUAACCGAUGUAAACAAGCAAAAAGAUUAAAAUUGUAUUAUAGGCUUAUUGCUGGAUUUGAGAAUAAAUAGAGUCCCGUGUUUAAGUUUCGUUCUAAUAAAAACGUGUAAAAAUAAUGACGUUGUCGGAAAUGUGCAUGAAAUAUCUACGUUUAAAAGUUAAGCAAACAAUAAUCAAUCAUAUAUAUUAAUGAAAUGUUUGAAUUUCCAAUCACUCAUCCCUUGCCUGUAAUAUACAUGUAUUGUCAUUGAUUUCCUUUUUUGUGUCUGUGGUAUUUUUUUAUAUCAAAUUAUGUGAAAUUACAAAUUGAUUUUC